AUGCCUAGAGGAAGAUCGGAUCGCAACGAGAGAGUGAUCACAGAGUUAUACAAAGCCUUAAUCUCCAAAGAUACAGACACAAUGCAUCGCCUUUUAGCCCCAGACUUGGAAUGGUGGUUCCAUGGCCCACCAUCUCAUCGCCACCAUUUGAUUCCACUCCUAACAGGAUCCCCUUCAUCUUCUACAUCAUCAAAGCCUUUGGUUCCUGAUGUCAUAGUAGGGUUUGGAUCAGUGAUCGUUGCUGAAGGGUACGACGAGACCAACUUGGUAUGGUGGGUGCAUGCGUGGACUGCCACUGAUGAUGGAAUAAUCACUGAGGUCAGAGAGUAUGUGAACACUUCGGUGACGGUUACUAAGCUUGGUUUGCAUGCACCACCGUCCCAAACGGUGGCUUCCUCAAAUGUUGUUGCUGUUGCUUCCAUGUGUCAAAGCAUUUGGCAGAGCAAGCUUUGUGAUGAGUCUGUUCCUGGACUUAUUCUCGCAAUCUAG